AGAAUACAGGUAACAAGAGUGGAUAAUGCUACCUCUUCUGCAAAGUAUGUCUCAGUUGGAGUUCCACAAGGGAGUGUCCUUGAACCACUCCUAUUUAUCCUUUACGUGAACGACUUGCCGUCUUGUAUUAAGAAGUGUAAAGUGACUAUGUAUGCAGAUGACACGGUUCUUUAUUUCUCUUCCUCUACGUUGUCGGAACUUGAGGAAAAUUUGAAUGCUGACCUUGAAAUCCUUCGCAGAUAUUUAAAUGACAAUCUUUUAACUUUGAAUGCUGAGAAAAGCAAAUUUGUAAUCUUCGGCAGCACGCGUAAACUCAAUUCAUUCCGUGAGUUUUCAUUAGAGAUCAACGCACAUAACUUGGAACGUAGAGACACCUUCAAAUACCUUGGCAUUAAACUUAAUCAAAAUAUGUCUUGGUCGGACCAGAUUGAUGCCCUUAGCAAAAAAGUCAGCCAACGACUUGGAGUUCUGCGUCGUGUUAAGUAUUUGCUGCCUCUACAUGGUCGUUUGGCGAUAUAUAACAGUCUCAUUUUACCGUUAUUUGAUUAUGCAGAUAUUGUGUGGGGGGACAAGAACAAUGAAGUCCUAAUGCAUAAUCUCCAGGUUUUGCAAAAUAACGCAGCAAGAACUAUACUGGAUUAUCCCAAAUACUUUUCCGGUACCGAAGCCCUCGCACAGCUAAACUGGAUGCCUCUAUCAGAACGUCGACGCCAACACCGUUGUAUUGGUAUUUAUAAAUGUAUAAAUAAGUAUAUAAAAUAUCAAUUCAACCUAGUUCAAAACGUUGAAAUUCACUCCCACAACACACGCCGCCGGCAGGAUUUACAUCUUCCACGCUCGCGUACUAACUGGGGAAAACAACGCUAUAUAUAUCAAGCAGUCGUUGAUUGGAAUAACCUUAAUUUAGACCACAGACAAUCGAACAAUUUGACUUCUUUUAAGAACUCUAUAUAA